CACAGCAAGGAACACUGAUUCUACUACUCACACUACUGACCAGCCCAGAAGACUCCAGCAGCCUGUGCAUCUCCAGAAGAGUCCAUCAUGCCUGGCCGGUGUGUCCUCCUGUCCGUCCUGCUCCUGCUCCUGCUCCUGCUCAGACAUGCCUGCUCCUCUCCUGUCUGCAACAACCACUGCUGCCGCUUUGUGGAGUCUUUCCCUACCAGACUGAGGACGCUGCGGGAUCACUUUUCUCAGAUCAGAGACUAUUAUGAAGCAAAUGAUGACUUGGACAGCGCGCUGCUAGACGUAACCAUCGAAGACACCUUUAAAAAGCCCUUUCGGCUGCAUGCCAUGGACGGUGUCCGGCUCUACCUGAGGACGGUGCUGCCCACUGCCUUGGCCGGAGUCACGGAGGAAAACAAGGACCUGAAGCCGCACAUGGAGUCCAUCCAGGUGAUCUUCGACCAGCUCAAGCGUGAGGUCACCAGCUGUAAAAAAUAUUUUUCAUGCAAGAAGCCGUUUGACAUCAGUACCCUUAACUCUACUUACACACAGAUGGAGGAUAAAGGUCUGUAUAAGGCCAUGGGAGAGCUGGAUAUCCUGUUCAACUACAUUGAGACAUAUUUGGCUUCAAAUCGACAUGGAACCCGAGUGGCUUCUGUUUAAAUAUCUGCACACCUCAUCAACAUGUGACCUCCAUCAUUUCAGGAAAAAAGACAGUAUUAUACACUUGCACUUCUUUGCUUCUGUUCAACCAGUGGAUAAAUAUUUUCUACAAGUGAUUUAUCAGUUGGUUGUAAUGUGCUUUUGGCAUAAUGACUUAAUAUUCAACCUGUUUUGUCCUAUGGACAAGUUGUUUUGGGUGAAGCACUCAUAUUUA